UAGAGUGGAAGUGUUGACGUUUUGAGUUGUGAGAGAGAGAGUGAGAGAGAGAGGCGCCACCACCACUAUAACCUGGCUGUGUCUCUAAACCUACACACGUCAAGUUAUCGUGAGUUAUAAAAAAAAGAACAUGGCAUCUAUUCCCAUUCCUGGCAGUGAGGAGAAGAAUGGUUGUGUUGAGGAGAUGGCCUCGUCCCCCGCCCUCCACCCUGAUGCCUAUGCCACCCUAAGCCAGGAUGAGACUGAUGGUGUGCCCCUUGACACCCAUUGGACCUUCUGGAUAGAUAAAGCCACAAGAGGAGCAACCGCCGCAGAGUACGAAGCCAACAUGAAGAAAAUAUAUAGCGUAUCGACGGUUCAGAGUUUUUGGUCCGUGUACAAUAACAUACCCGACGUGUCAGAACUGUCUCUCCGUUACUCGUAUCAUUUAAUGCGCGGAGACCGACGUCCCAUGUGGGAAGACGAGGGUAAUCAAAAUGGUGGAACUUGGAGAAUUAAAGUAUCAAAAAGAGACACAUCGCGUGUAUGGAAGGAGAUGUUGUUAGCGUCGAUUGGUGAACAGUUUGAGGGCCACCUAGCUCCUGGGGAUGAAGUGUGUGGAAUCACUGUGUCAGUAAGGGAACGGGACGAUUUACUACAGAUCUGGAACUACGACAGCACCCUCACUAGCCAGGCCACAGUUAUGAAGAAAGUGCAUAGUUUGGUCCCUGAUGUGGUGUUCAGUGCCGAAUUUUACAAACCACAUCAGACGCACCACGCUUACGAAGGAGAGAAAUCCCAAAUGGGUGGUAUGAUGCUGGUAAAUUCAUGAACAAGGCACAACAUAGGCUUGUUAGUGCUGUCAUAGUAACCUUUUAUUAUAGUUUUAGCUUCCUAUGCCUAAAAACACACAAAUGUUGGUGAGUUCUCUUAGCUGUAUAAGCCUAAGAACACAAGCGUUGGUGAAUUAUCUCACCAUUUUGUACUACUGGUAUAUCUUUAUGAAGUCAUUGAGAAGUGAUCAGUAGUAUUAGAUAUUUAUCUUUUGUAUACAUACAUAGAAGUUAGUGGAGAUUCAAGACUGCAAAUGCUGGCCAGAUAUCAAGUGGGUUAGGUAGCCUUACCUUACUCUAACGCUACCUUACCUUACUUAUGUUACCUUACUUAAAUUAACUUACUCUAACCUUACCUAACCUUACCUAACCUUACCUAACCCAAUGUAACCCGACUGAACCCUACCUUUUUUUGACCCAACCGAACCUAUCCUAAGCUAAGCUAACCUAACCCGACCCAUUCUAACCUAACUCAAUCCAACCCAACCCAAUCAAACAUAUCUGGAGAAUACAGUAUCUGUUUUGCUAAUGAAAAAACAAAAUAUUAAAGAGAGAGAGUUUUUAAUCCCCUCCUUACUACUGUCCAUUGCUCUACCAACUGUACUGUAUAUUUAACAUGUGUUAUUGGUGUAGUGGUACGUGCAUCAUCUGCCAGUCCAGCUCAACCAUGCAGUAUGGGAGUGGUUAAGAGGUACUGUACUGUAUGACCCUUACAUAUAAUCAUUUCAUGUACGUUAGUGAUGUCUUGUGACUAACUAGAACCUGCUGGAAGAUUUCAGGUAUAUCAUGAUACAUAUUUAAGAUUUAUUUUAUUUUAUUAUUAUUUUUUUGAGUUGUCACCUAUUGAGUUAGAUAUUGUUUUCAAGUCAGUUUUAAUUACUUUUGUUUAUAUACAUGUGUAAACUAAUGUACAGGGUGUGGCAUAAGUUUUUUUUCUUUACCGAGGACACUGCAAAGAAUAGGAAGAAAGAAAAUGUUAUUGCUGGAAAAAUUAAAUUUAUAAAAAAAGUGCUAGAGGUCAAGGUUUUUAUUAUUAUUAUAGAAAUGUCAUUAUGCAUACAAUAGUGUCAACCUCAUUUCUCACCACUGCGUGCAGUUUUCUCGGUAAAACACCUUAAGUCACUCCCUCUACAGUAACAUUUCAUGAAUUUCCUAAACAUUUUACAAAUUUAAACAAUACCGGUGUAUGCAUAGAAGUGAUAAACUACAUGUAGGUGAUGAGAGAUAGUUUUAUUUAUAUAACUUACAAAAAGUUUGUCUAUACUCCACUGUAUUAGUUUUCCAAAUGUUUGAAAAGUUUGGGUAACUUGAAAGUUCUUCGGAUACAAGAGUUAAGUAAUAUGAACACAUUAUUUGAUUAAUAUUAGUGCAGUAUACAUCAGAUUCUAUGACAAAUGUGUGUAUUGUAGAGAGCACCAUGGCCAGUGACAGAUCCAGCCUCCGGUCCCCUAUACAGUACCUAGAACAGGAACAUAACCUAACCUUUUGCUAACAGUAAUUUCAAGCACAGUUCAGUACAGCAGCUACCCCAGAAACACACACACACACACACACCUUUGUUUAAUAUUAAUUCACGGAGCUCCUAUAGAGAUGUACUCGAGAUUUGAUGAGUUUAAGUUUAGUAUAUACUGUAUUAUUCUUUAGUCCCAUCCUUAAAUGAAAACUUAGAUCUGUUGUGUAUGGCUCAUGGUGUAUCUCACGAUCAGUGGUUGUUAACGUCUCCAUGGACAGUCAGAAGGAAACAGCUCACACACACACACACACACACACACACACACACACACACACACACAAACACACACACACAUGCCCCUGAAAUCAAAGUUCAUGCAGGCAUUCAAGUUAAAAAAUAAAUAAAAAUCUGUGAUAAAAAGAAAGUGCUAGGAUGGAAAAGUAUAUUCUUGUUUAGACUUUAUGUAUUGUAGAUUUUUAGUAGGCAGAUUAAAUUUGGAUAACACAAAAAAAAUACUUUUAGAUUUAUAAAAAUAUUUCGAUAACUAUUGAUUAAAGCUCGAUUUUAUUCGGUCACGGGGGUGGAUAGGAUUAACGAAUACUUGAUAUAACAAUGUCAUGUUCCUCGUUUAAUGUUUUUGAUAAAUUUUUAACUCUUGAAAAAAAAUGUGGGGGGAAUUAAUCAUUGACGUCUUUAUUGUGAUGUGGGUAACACAUGUCUUAUAACCAAGGUUUCAGAAUGACAUAUUCACUAUUAAAUUUUUUUUAGCAUAGUUAUUGCAUAAUUUGUAUUUUUUAUUAUACUGUAAUUAUAGUAGCCUUAUCUUUACCUGUUGCAACUGUGGGGAUGUCUUAGGGUGGCCAAUGUGGUCCUAUAUUUUGUAAAGUCCUAUCAUCCCAUUAUUCAUUCAGUAUUCUGGGAAAAUAUAUACUGUUUUAGCUUGGCUGAAGCUUCUUUUUUUUUAACUCUCAUCUGACCACUUUCACUGUAGAGGUCAUGUUACUGAGCUACUGACCAUUAAACCUAAUACUGUACAGUGCUGUUUGUUUGUGUGUGGUGUGACAAGCAUUUCUCGGUGCCCUAAACAUUGUACCACACACACGCCUUGCUAUUCCCACAAACAUUUGCACAUUUAUGUACUGUACAGUAUAGUGAUAUUUCUUAUUACUCAUGAGAAUGAACAUAUUUUAAGAGUAAGUCAUGCAUAGGAAGUCACAAAGUCAGAAGUGAAUGAAUAAUAAAAUAAGAGAACUAGCAGGAAAGGUGUCCACAGGUCACUGCUGCAACAGGUAGGGUAAAAAAAAACACCUAUUUUAGUCAUUAUUUUAAUAUACGUAUCAUCAUUCAUAUUUGUCAGUUGAUAAUGUUUUACUUAAUAAAACAUUGAAUUGGA